CCUUAUCUGUGUAAAUAACUCAGUUCUUAUGGUGAACUCUUGAAAGAAAGAAAAAAACAGAAGAACUCUUAAGUUUUACUAAAUCAUUUUCGACUGAAUUGUAUUCUGAUUGACCAAUAAGACCACGGAAAAGAUUAUAGGAACAAGAAGAAGAAAAAGAAAUGGGACGAGGUUCUCUCAGGAAAAUGAUGGGAGGAGGAGCGACUGCCUCAGACUCAGAUACCGAUACUUUCAGCAUUUUUGGCCCCUUCCAUCUUACAUCUAUUGACUGGACCAGUUCGUACUACCGGACCUCAGUGGCAUCAAGUUUGGUAAAUGGAGUGUACACACUGGAAGGGGACAGGCUUGAGAAACGUGUAGGUUCCGAGUCACUAGCCAAGCCUUGGUGGGAGUUUUUCAACUUCACUUUGCUCGAAACCUUGAUGGAUGACGACGGCUCCAUAUACGGUGCCGUUUUUGAAUACAAGCUUUACAACCUUUACCAGAAUACCCCACAUGUGAAAGUUCCACACCAUGUAAUUGCCUUCCGUGGCACAAUGCUAAAAGGAAAGACUUGGAAGUCUGAUAUGAAACUUAACCUCAAAAUAAGCUUCAACAACCUCCAUCAAGGCGGUAGGCCUAUGCAUGCUGUAAAAGCAAUCCGCAAUAUGGUGGAAAAAUAUAGCGAGUCAGCUAUAUGGCUUGCUGGACACUCUUUGGGAGCCGCACUAGUGUUGUUGGCUGGAAAGACCAUGACAAGUGUUGGAUUCCUCCUUGAAAGUUACAUAUUCAACCCACCCAUCUCGUCUCUUCCUCUGGAGCAGCUACCUGGGGGAGAUAUGAUUAAAAAUGUGUUUCAAAUCGCCAAGAGUGUUGUCAAAGCCACUGUAGUCAUGGCCUUAACCGAUCUAAAGGUUCAAGAUCAAGACAAUCCAAAAACAACAUCGUGGAUACCUUACUUAUAUGUCAACCCAGCAGAUCCAAUAUGUGCAGGAUAUAUUGAUUACUUUAGACACAAAACCUACAUGUCUGAGAUAGGUGCAGGCGAAAUCGAAAGAACCGGUGCAAGAAAAUCAGUGAGAAGUCUAUUGGUUGGAAAAAUUAGAGGAAAAUCAUCAACAUCAGAUUUGUCAACAGAACCUCUUCACCUACUUCCAUCAGCAGAUAUGAUUGUAAACAAUAACAAACCGACUAAGUCUACAACAGCUCAUGGGCUUCACCAAUGGUGGGAGCGAGACUCGACCCUGCUGGCAAAUUGGGAAAGCUGCUGCAUUAGGCCUUACAUUGAAGGAAAGUUGGAUCAAUUGAACCUACAAUGAAAAAUAACAAUGAAGGUCAGAUAAUACAGUAUUUGGUUUGGUUAACUGGCUUUAGUUCUUUUAUUAUAUUGUUCAAAUGAUCUUUUAGUUCCAAAUCCUUUUCUAUUUCUACUAUUUUUUUUUGUCUUCUAUUUCAUGUUUGUUAUCUUUCCCAUGUUUCUAUUUUUUCUUUCCAUGUAAUUGUUCAUAAUAUUUUCUAAAACUACUUUAAUGUUUAAAACAAAGCUAA